GGUUGGGAGUUGAACUCUCAGUUGUUCAAUGUUCUCAGUUCUUACUUUCUCAGCCUCAGAGAAUUUGAACAUCUUUCUUCUGCUUUUCCCAGCAAAACUCAAAUAAGUAGUUGGAAUUUAACAGACAUCCAAAGUGAAGUGCACCCAUUUGGAUUUUGAAGCUGCUAUCUUUUUAUAUAUAUAUGGGUUUGCUCACUAUAAACUGUUGGUGGACCAGAACAAACAAUUUCUCUACAACCCUCUUUCCUUACAGAGCAUCUGCCUUCAUGGGCGGGAAGUUUAUUCACCUCUAUGAUGCGGAACAGGUUGUACUUUCUACAUUGCACAGUGGUUUUAGAUUUGAUACAAGGGCUUUUGCAAGCCGGAAUUCAGUGAAGAAAUUGAGAAGAAAUAGACAACCACCUGAAAUUGUAGCAGAUAUUCCUCCCACAAAAGAUGAUUAUGUUCAAGAUGAAAACUCAGCUUCCUCUUUUGAAAAUUCAGUUGAUCAGAAUUCUAAAAUAAAGCCUUCCAGGAGUACUGUGCUUCAGGCAUGUACCAUCACUUCUGGAUUAAUAGCGGCUUUGGGUAUAAUACUUCGUCAGGUAUCCCAUGUUGCAUCAGUGGAAGGGUUGCCAAUCCUUGACUGCUCCGCAGAAGUAUCAUUUGGUUUUGAGAUGUGGCAUCUUGAGUUGAUUACAGGAAUAGUUGUAUUGAUAUCAUCAAGCCGAUAUCUAGUACUGAAGACAUGGCCAGAUUUUGCUGAGUCUAGUGAAGCAGCCAAUCAGCAGGUCCUUGCUUCACUUCAGAUUUUGGAUUACAUAAUUGUUGCAUUCCUGCCUGGUAUUAGUGAGGAAUUGCUUUUCCGUGGUGCAUUGCUACCACUUUUUGGAUUCAAUUGGAAGAGUGUCUUUUUGGUUGCCGCUAUUUUUGGUGUUCUACACGUCGGCAGUGGCCGAAAGUAUUCCUUUGCUAUCUGGGCAACUUUUGUUGGGCUUGUGUAUGGUUAUGCCACAAUUAUGUCUUCUAGCCUUAUUGUGCCAAUGGCUUCUCAUGCGAUAAACAAUCUGGUUGGAGGGAUUUUGUGGCGAUACACCUCAAAAUCAUCAGAGAAGUUAUAAGACAAUUACAAUCUGCCUCAUUUUCAGUUGUUAGGGAAAAAAUAAUAAUAAUAAAAAAAAUUAAAAAAAAAAAAAUCUGUUCUUCAAAACUGGUCAAUGGUGUAUCCCUGUCUAUUUUGGUGUAAAUAUGUGGUGUGGUAUACAUGAAUUUGUCACCCACUUGUGCUGUAAAUUCUUGUAGAACCAUCUUAGUCUAGAAGGCGGGUGGUUAUGCAACAAUAUUAGGGCUAUUAUUACAGAACUCGCCCUAACUUUGCUACUAGGAAACAAUAUAUCACAUUUUUAUUCUUGAA